AUUUAAAAAAAUAAUUAUCUGUUUUUGUUGUGUUUUCUGAAAUUGAACUUUGCUUUAUUAUUAUUUCAUUAUUCGUCUGAAAUUGGAAUAAAUUGUUUUUAUUUGAAAUUCAAUAAAAUACCUAAUGGAGAUAGCUUUGCAGGAACAAUCAUAUGUAGGCCAUGAACUUGGCUUCAACUCAAAUUGGAUUGAGCAAAUUCUACUGGAACUUGCUGAUCACUUUGAUAUCCGCAUAGUAUGGGACAAGGAUACUGCAGUAGUGACAGCAGUCUGCACAUUAGCUGGAGGAGUCAUUGGUGGAUAUGCAGGAGGAAGACUGGGGGCGGCCCUUGGUGCCGGCAUUGGGGGCGCCACUGGCCUCGGAGUCUACACAUUAGUAUCACUGAGAGAGAUUUGGGAGACGGUGAAGGAGAAACUAAAGGAGUUACUCUACAUAGUAUACAACUACCUACGUCGGCUGGACCCUGUGGACUACGUUCGGGCAUUCGAAAUUCUAAUGGCGUGCACAUCAAGUCGACGAGAGCUGGUCAUCACAAUUCUUGAUUUUAUCACAGAUAAGUUAGGACGCGAAGUAAUUUCAAGCAUAACUGCAGCGUAAAGGCAGAACUUUCACGCGAUGUAGAUUCUUAUAAAAUGGCAACUUCAAAUACAUCAUCAUCCACUGCUGAACAUAAGCCUCCCCCUCUGGGGGGUUUGGCCAGUAGUAGCCACGGUUGGCAGGCGGACUGGCAACUGUAGUAAGGCUUUAGAGAUAUUUUAAGAGGGUAGCUGCUGCUCAUUCCUCGACUGUUAAGUUCCUUUGAUUGCUUCUUACGUCGAGAAAGUAAAAUUUUACCACUUACCAUCAAGUGGGCUGUAUGCUUGAUUGCCACCUAAGUGGUAUUAAAAAAAAAGUGACCCAUUCUGUGCCAUGACUACAUGACGGUCUAAUUAUAUGUUUACUAUUAAUUCUGGUGAACUAUGUCACUUGUGCUGUGUGGUCCCUGCAUUGGAUGUGCUAUCCAUUUCUGUCCCAUUGCUGUUGUAAGAGGCGACUAAGACAAUGUAAUGGUUGAAGAAUGGACAGCAGAAUCCCUUUUAAAACAUCAUUAAAACCCAUCUGGGGUUGCCAACCCACCUGCCAAGUGCCUAUGUCCAGCUGUGGACAAUUAACAGUUGUUAUAUUAAUAAAUAAAUAUCAUUUAUAUAUUUAUUUGUUAGUAAAUAAUGUACCACUUAAUAUAUCUAGAAAAUAAUAAAAUGGACAAGGUACAUCUUUGACGGGAAACCAGUGUUUCAAAUAGUAUUGUGUGAUCAUACUUAGUAACUGUGGUAGGAGAUUUUUAAAAUUAAAAAAAAAAAUAACCCUUUGACAUAACUAGAUUUUAUAAAUGGCAACUGGAUAAAUCACUAUCGUAGAAUAUUUUUUACAUAUUAAGAAGCAGUACGUCACAAGUUUUGUCUGAAUGCUGUCCAAAUGCACCAGUAAAAUAAUAAAUGUUUUAUGCUAAUUGUAACUGUCACUUAUAGAUAGAUAGAUACUCUUUAUUGUUUACUCUUUAUUACAAUAGUAAACUUAUUAUAAAUAUAAACAAUUACAAGAAAUAAUCACAGUGGCAAUUAUCGCUAAGAGCGAUCUCUUGCAGGCAACCUUUGGAUGGAGAGGAGUAAUUAUAAAUAAUUUGGUGGGAGGCACGAUGAAAAAUUCUGUUAGUUCUAAAUAUGGAGAUGUGAUACAUGUAAUAAUAUAAAUAUAUAUUUCUUAUUCUUAUCCGCUGUGCUAUUCUGUAAACAUCCACUUAUUUACUAUUUAUUUUCUAAAAAGUAGUGCUGUAAUCAAUUUUACUUUUUUAUCACUCGCGGAUCGGCUAAUAAAAUUCUAAGUCGACAUUCACGUUUUUGUUUUUUUAAUUAAAAAAAAAAGAAGGUGAAUUUACAGAGUAACACUACUGCUCUAUUAUUAAAAUUAUAUUCACGCUAAUUCUGUCGUCACAACGCACCAUACAAUGGGUUUUAAUUAGUAAAUAAAUUAGGUAGUUAGUGUUUUCAUGUAAUAACUAACGGUUUAAUUUACUAAUACCGGUUUAUCUCGCGUUUAGCAGGCCGAGGCGCGCAUUACAGUCGCUCAUGAUUAAGGGUCGCGAAUCGAUACCGAAACUAGUCGAGAUUUCUCGAUCUAAUUACACGUAAGUUAAACUGGUAGUGGGUUACAUUAAAACAUAAUGUGUGCUUAUGAAACUUAACAAUAAGUAGGUAGUUAAUGUUUAAUACAUAUCAAAUAGCGAAAUAAGGUUUGUGACUAUUUAUAAAAUAGAUAUUUUUCUCUGUGUGAUAUUUAUUCACCUAACUUAUUUGUGAUUUUAAAAUGUAACGUAGUUGAUAAAAUUUUACAGGGAAUGCGUUCAUAAUGUUUUAAUAAGGAUCUUAUGUAAAUAUCUACAUAUAUAAAUACAGCUAGGAAUAAUAUCAAGUCUGACAGUAUCCCAUUUAAUUGCAAAAUUUAAAGACUGGCCGUUUAUUUUUUUAAUUUAGUUUUUUUUUUUAUAUUUAAUCUCAAAUUCACCAAUGUUAUAAAUGAUGUUCAGGAUAUGCCUUGAAACGUCUGAUAAAUGACUCGACAAUUCGACAAUUAUUUAUGUAACAAUCAGUAGGCAUGAAGCGCACGAAACCGCGUCAAAAUGUAAGUUUACACGACGCAAUCCUCUUUCAUGUGAACCCCGAACAUGGCGGUGUCCGCCGGCCCCAUGAAUAAUGAACUAGCGUCCAAUCCAAUAUAGAUUCAACUAUUGGUUUUAACAUAUAAUAGGAAUUUAUGUGAUCCUUCUCUAAGAACUACACUAUAGGUUAGGUAUAUCGUAACGGCGGUCUCGCUCGCGACCUCGACACGCGUAAGUACGGGACGGUGGUUAGUGCCGACUGCUCGCGUCUGGCCCUGCGCUGGGAGUGUCGAGGCGCGGGCGAAGAAGUAUGCGGGGAGCGAUAGGCACCUACCGUUGUCUUACUAUGCGCGCCCGCUAUAACACUAUAAAUUAAUUGCUCAAUGUAAAUAUUUGUUGUAAUAAAAUUAAUUUAAAAUUGUCACCGAUUUGUACGACGAUGCAAUUGAUCUAAUGUUAGAUUAAGCGGCUGAAUCCACUCCUCUCUUGCACAGACAAUUUCUGUUUAGUGUAAAGAGUAAAUAUAUGAUAAAUAUAUCUAUAUAUAUUGUCUGUAAUUACAAUAUCUAUGUAUUGGUACAAAAACGAAUAUAUUAAAUACUGAUUGUUCUCUUAUUAUCUAAAUGAAGAACCUGGUCAAAAUGAAUACAGGUUUCUGAUCGGUUUUGGC